GGGAGGUACAAGAUAUGUCAGGGCAUAUGAAUCAGAACGAGAUACAUGAUCCUAAGGAACAUGAGAGCAUGAUAACAAGGCCCAAACCUUUGAGGUUGAAGCAUUCAAAGAAGUACCUUAUGAGCAUCUUAAAGGCGCUAGAUGCGAUGAAAAAGUUUUCUAAAAAUAAUGAUGUGAAUUAUAGAGUAUAUCAGAGAAUGAAGGACGGCAGAUACAUAGCUCUAUAAAUAAUUCAAUAGCAGAGGACACCGAAGAAUCCAGGGAAGAGAUUAUAGAAGAAUCAAAAUCUGAUAUGCACAUGGAAGUUGACAGACAACACUCUGAUGAUGAGAUUAAUUAUCCGCUCGAAGGAUUAUCAAUAUCUUCCAACUUAUGCUCAGAGCAAGAUCAAGCUUUCUUCCGUGACUGCACUAGCAAACUUCCGAAUUUGCAGUCUGUUGAAUUCCAAAUCAGCGACAAAAUUCCUGAAGGCUUCUUUGAGUUUAUUAAUGAUUACUUCCCAGAUGAAGUUCAAAUCUGCAAAUGGUCUGGCACAAUCUCUCCUGAGUUCUUGCCAAUUUCUUAUUCUUAGAUUCAAUACUCAAAGUAAGUGUCAAUGUCAAAGAAGCUUUGGAAAUAAGCAACUUCAGCAUGGAUCAAGCCAAGCUCAGUAUACUUAUUGAGCAAUGUAAGGCAGAAAAGGAGCUAAUAUUUACAUCAUGUUUGUUUAAAAUUAGAGACAUGCAAAACCUAUUCAAAAAUUCUGAAAGAACUAAAAAGAUAGACUUACUAUUUAACGACAACCACUAUGUUGAUGUAUCUAUUGAACCAGCUGAAGACCUUCCUAUACUCCCAUUCAGCGACAUUCUUGAAGCUUACAAAGAUCCAGAAGAUUCUUAAAAUUAUUUUCAAUCAGUG